UCCGGGGGAAACGGCCCCGAGCCGCCUGAUCGCCUGGUCGCCUGCCGCCUCCGGAGCGAGCAGCACUGGCAUAUUUGUAGCAGAAGGAAGAAAAGCUCUGUAGGAAUAUAUCAUUUAUUGAGUGGCACGGGAACAGAAUUUUGUGAAAGAUCGAAGCCAGAUAUUAAUCUGGCUCAGAUCCACUCAGGUAUUAGAAAACAGCUCCUUUCAACCACAUUUGGCCAGCAAGGCAAACUAGAUAAAGCUCCAGACGUUUUCCAGUUGCAUCGGGAGGCAUGUGGAAGAACAUUGUUAUGACUGUCACAUCUUUUCUAGACUGCUGUCAUGAGUGCAACACUUUUCUGAGCAUCACCACCAGUUGUUUGGCCGCAUGCCUGGAAGUUACGGAGUGAUGGGUGACGAUGGCUCUAUCGAUUACAGCGUUCAUGAGGCCUGGAAUGAAGCCACCAACGUUUACUUGGUAGUGAUCCUCGUUAGCUUUGGUCUCUUCAUGUAUGCCAAGAGGAAUAAAAGGAAAAUUAUGAGGAUAUUCAGUGUGCCACCUGCAGCAGAAACUUUGUCAGAGCCCAACUUUUAUGACACAAUUAGCAAAAUUCGUUUAAGACAGCAACUGGAAAUGUAUUCCAUUUCAAGGAAGCAUGACUAUCAACAGCCACAAAACCAAGCUGACAGUGUGCAGCUCUCACUGGAGUGAAAUAUCAGAAAAUGAGCGACAUAAGUAAUUGUUAAACAGUAUGGUAGCAAGCUCCUGAUUCUACUAAAUCUUCAACAGCAUCUUUAAAAAAUCUUCUCUCUCCAUAAAAUCAUCUUACUUGUGACUUUUCUCCAAUUUUUUUUGGUGUGUUUUGUUUCGCUUUUUUAAAUCGCACCUUCAAGUCAUUUAUUACACAAAUUAAAAAAUGGCUCAAAGGGCCUGAAAACAGAGAGAUGGACCUUAACCAGAGAUGGCGAUUUUACCUUGUGAAGACUUAUUUCUUCAGGAUAUAAUCAGUCAGGAAUGAAAACCUGUCUUUGGAAGUGAGAAUCUGGAGCUUAUACUUUGAGCUGAACAUUUUUUCAAAAUGAAAAUCCAGUCAUUGGCAUAAUUUCCUCUCAGACUGUGUUCUAUGAUAAGUGUAAUAUGGAUAAUGGACUGAUUUGUGUUCUCACUGCUGUUGUUACCACACUUUAAUUGAAUUAACUGCUCACUUCUUUAGAACUUGCAUUGUAGACUGUCUUUUCUACAUCCUGAAGCAUACCCAUCUGCUAAUUAUGGAAGCUUUCUGGAAUUGUUUUCCCCUUCAUUGUAUUCCUAGGAGUUUGCUUUUUUCUUUAAGCAUAGAGUUUCAUUUCCACCACAAGAGUCUUCUUUAGACUAUACUCGGGCCAUGUUGCCAAAUAAAUGGGCACCUCAAUAAUUGGUGUUAGCAACUUGCUUUUUCAGUCAUAUGACUAUCAAUGUUUAAUGUAACUGUCCGGUUUCUUAUGCUUUUUUAGCAUAAUAAGCUUCCCUGAAGACUCAUAUCUUGUACCAUGUUGUGUUAUACAUUAAAAUGUUUUUAUCUAAUUUUUCAUAUUUAUUUAAGUGAAAGCUGCUUGGAGGUAGAGGCAGGGAACUUUACCUGUCCAUGUAACUGACCAAGAAUUUGUUUUGAAUCAAAGGUAUUCUUAAUUCUAAGAGUCAAAGUUAAUAUUUCAGCAUUAUUUUCUUUUCCCUUUAUAAUUGUGAAGUAAAAGAAUAUAAAUUUUAAAUGAAAAGGUUUAGACCAAAUAAAAUCAUUCAGGGAAAUUGUAUUUUCGUUUAAAUUUUAAUUAUAUCAUUCAAAAAUGUAUAUAUUGUACAAGAUGAAUUGUUGACCAAAUGGAGUAAUUCUUUCUCAACUCACAAAUGAGUGAACAUACCGCCUAUACAUAGAAUGAAAAACCAUGUAUAACUAAGAGGAUUAUAAACAGUUAUAAUCACAGGCUGCGGGUAGCAGAGUGGCAAGGAGACAGUCUUAAACUUUGCUUUGCUUCGGAGACACGCUGUGUAUUUCCAUGAGCAGAGAAUAAUCGAGCAGGAGCGGUUUACUUGCUGCCACUGACAUAAGGCACAGUCUAGACAGAUUACAAACCUGGACAUCUCAGAUGAUUUGUAAAAAUGGUGUAUAUAAAUAAAUACAAAUCUAUUGUUUUUUUCUGCGUCCACUAGAUAGAGACGGUCUUAACUAAAAAUUGGUAGAUCACUUGGUGAGCAUCAAACCCUAGCCACUAAGAGCGGAUGAAUUCCUGAUUUUUUUCUCUAAAGCUAACAUGGGAAUCACUCACCCCCACUGGCAGGAACAGCAGCAAAUCUGCCUUUGAAGUUUCUUCUCUGCUUCAACAGCUGAGCUGGGAAAGGGGUGGAAGACCUGCAGCCACACUUCAAAGCGACACCAGCUGAUUGUCCUGCUCCUGCCCCUGAAUCUACCUAGGAUUCAAUGGAACUGUUUUCUUUGGAAGAAAAAUGGAAUGACUAAUAAUUUGAUAAAUAACACGUGUGUACUCCU